AUGGAGGCCUUUGAGCCGGUUGCCGGGCGCGAGUAUAGCGCCAUCUGGAUGCAAUGGGUCAUUGGAUACCUGACCGACGAGGACAUGGUUCGGUUUUUGCUCACCUGCCGGCGGAUUCUCACCCGCGAUGGUCCCGGCGGCAUGGUCUUCCUCAAGGACAAUGUCGGCACCCAGGAGCACAUCUAUGAUGAGAGCGACGCGUCGAUCACUCGCACGGAUGCCCACAUCCGUCGGCUGUUCCAGAAAGCUGGCUACAUCCUGGUUGAUGUCAAGCCCCAAACGCGCUUCCCCAAGUACAUGAUCCCCGUGAAUAUGUACGCCUACAAGCCGGACCCCCUCUUCACGGAAGAGGAGCCGACCACCAAGGCUCCGGGGAAGGAGUAA